GCAGCUCUCGCGAGAGUUGCCGGCGGGGCGGGCGCUGCCCGCCAGGAGCUGGGGCCGCGCGCGAGAAGCCGCCGGCGCCGCCGCCGCCUUCGCCUCAGCCCGGUCCGGGGCCUCGGCCCGGCCCCGCCCCGCUCCGCUCGCCAUGAGUUUCCUCUUCGGGAGUCGAUCUUCAAAAACAUUCAAACCCAAGAAGAACAUUCCCGAAGGCUCCCAUCAGUAUGAACUCUUGAAACAUGCGGAAGCGACUCUGGGGAGCGGUAACCUUAGACAAGCGGUUAUGUUGCCGGAGGGAGAGGACCUGAAUGAGUGGAUCGCAGUUAACACCGUGGAUUUCUUCAACCAAAUCAACAUGCUGUACGGGACCAUUACAGAGUUCUGCACGGAGGCGAGCUGUCCAGUCAUGUCCGCAGGACCAAGGUACGAGUACCACUGGGCGGACGGCACCAACAUAAAGAAGCCAAUCAAGUGCUCGGCUCCGAAGUACAUCGAUUACUUGAUGACGUGGGUGCAGGACCAGCUGGAUGAUGAAACGCUCUUCCCUUCAAAGAUCGGCGUCCCUUUUCCCAAGAACUUCAUGUCGGUGGCCAAGACGAUCCUGAAGCGUCUGUUCCGCGUCUACGCCCACAUCUACCACCAGCACUUCGAUUCCGUCAUGCGGCUGCAGGAGGAGGCCCACCUCAACACCUCUUUCAAGCACUUUAUCUUCUUUGUGCAGGAAUUCAACUUGAUUGACAGGCGGGAGUUGGCUCCUCUGCAGGAACUGAUCGAGAAGCUGGGCUCCAAGGACAGAUAAACUUUCCCCGGAGGACCCUUUUGGCCGCUCCUUUCCGCUUUGUACGCCUGCCACUUCUAC